UCCCCUUUACCCUUUCUCUUUCUGCAUCUCCCGCACUCUCUCUAGACAAUCGGAGCUACCGGAGUUGGGAAGGGAAGGCGGACGGGAUUUAGAAGGAACCGUCUCCACCGCGCUUUAUACUUUCUCCAACGCCGCGUUCCUCGUCGGAGGUUUCUAAUAUGAUUCACUGGCUCGCGGUCUUUUCCGGGAAACCCUAGAGCCUAACUAUGUUGCUGGAAACGGAAGCGGAUUCGUGUUUGAUCCGACGACUGAAACCCUAGUGACGGAGAAGGGGAAGCCGAAGGAUCGGAGCUGUGGACGCUUUUGAAGUCCUGCCUGGGUGGAGAAGCAGAGGAGGGGAUUUUGAUCAUCUUGAAGAUAUUUUGAGGGAAAUCGUUUGGAAUUGAAGCGUAGGGUCUUGAUUCCAAGUGCAUUCUUGGUUUUGAAAGCUCGUUAUUGUGGACGGAUUUGAUCUCAAGUUUUGUGGUUUUUGCCCUCGUUAGAGUUCCGUUUGGCUGGAGAUGAUGAGCAGCAAAAGGGAGGAGGAGAGGAAUGAAAAGAUUAUUAGGGGUCUCUUGAAGCUUCCCCCAAAUCGUAGAUGCAUCAACUGCAAUGGCUUGGGUCCGCAGUACGUCUGUACGAACUUUUGGACUUUUGUGUGCACAGCUUGCAGCGGGAUACACCGGGAAUUUACUCAUCGUGUGAAGUCUGUGUCCAUGGCUAAAUUUACAGCACAAGAAGUGGAGGCUCUUCAAAAUGGAGGCAAUCAGCGGGCCAGAGAGUUGUUCUUGAAGGACUGGGAUCUGCAGAAUAUGAAACUUCCCGAUAGCAGCUAUCCAGACAAAAUUAGGGAAUUUAUAAAAAAAGUUUACGUGGAAAAGAAGUAUGCUGGUGUAAGAUCUUCUGAUAAGCCUCCAAAGGAUCCACAGGGCCUCAUGACUCAUGAAGAACAUAGGAGGGCCAGUUCCUAUCAUUCCUUCUCUCAGAGUCCGCCUUAUGAUAAUCAGUAUGAAGACAGACGGUAUGGAAAACCGAGAAUCAUGCUUACUAGAAAGCCAGGUUCAGAUCAUGGUCACUAUGAAGGGAAUAUCUCCAGCGUCUUUUACAGUCCUGGCCGAGGUAGAGAACAUAUGUAUGAGGAUCAGUUUGCAAAUGAGAGUUCUAGCUCAAGAGUUAGUGACUACUCUGUCUCUAGUAAUGGUGAUCCUUUUAGAUCUAGCGACCAGUCACAAAGGUUUGCUUCAUUAGGCAGCUUUGUGUCCUUUGAUGAGAAGUCACUACAUACGAAGUCUGCCAAUUUUGGUGCCUUUCCUGAUGCGGUCUUUCAGUCCAAGAAUGUUUCUAUGACCAAGCAGCCUAAUAAGUCCACAAAUGCAUCAUCAGAGACAUCUACUCCACAGCCUACUGCUAUGAUUGACCUCUUUAGCCUUCAAUUUUCGCAGCAACAGAAUAUAAAAACUUCUGUGGAUCUUUUUGCUGACUUCAAUAAUCAGCCUUCUUGUAGUUUCCCCUCUGAAAAUAAAGCAGCAUCAAUUCCUAGCUCAGAAAAUGAUGGUUGGGCUAUGUUUGACACAGUUCACCAAGUGGCGCCUGAUCAUGAAGUAACCAAAGGCCUUCGUUCUAUGAUUCCUCCAUGCCUAGAAAAGUCUACAGAGAUAAUUGAUGCAUUCUCAUCCAAGCAAGACGCUUCACAAUUGCUGUCAGAUCAAAAUUUCACAGUUCAUGGGGAAGUAACAUCCACAACUAACCAAUGGCAUACAGGCUUCACUGAAAUCCAAAAUGCUGCAAACUCCAGUAGCACACCGGUAUGGAAUGCUUUUGAUGAUUCAUUUCAAAAGAAUUCUCUUUCUUUGUAUGCUAAUUCAUCUAGCUUUGGUGGCCAGCAUACUGAUGUGACAUUACCAAAGGUACUAAAUGAGAAUAGUUUACAGUUUCCUUUUGUGCUGGAUAAAGAUCUACCGAUUAAGAGUUCAUCUGAAAGAUUGCCUUCUGUUGGUCUUUCGUGCGAGGUGAGUAGCACUCAAGAAUGGAAAUCAACAAAUCCGUUUGAUUUAUCAAAUGAGUUGGAUGCUGAAGCUAGCAACAUGUUCCUUGACAUGAGCUCUUUGCAAAGUGCUUUGCCAAACUCUCAGUUGCCAAAUGCAUUUCUAGAUGGUUUAUCUCAGCCAUGGUUCCAACAUAGUUCUGUUUCAACUUUCAGUGCUGCUAUACCCCAAGGAAUACCAUAUGUGGGAGGACAGAUUCCGAGCUCGCAGCUGCCGAAUAUAACUUCGCAAGGCUCUGCUACAUCUGGAAAUCCCUUCGCAUAGAAACUUCUGUGUGAGACUUUCUUAUUUAAUUUCUUAGCUGCACCGAGAUGACUAGAACUUCCACCGGCACCGGUGCCAUUUCAUUGCCAGUCCAUUCCAGUGCUUACUGGUCAGGUUUGAGCAGGCAUUUUGGAUUCGACGCUUGGUUUGCAAUAUAUUAUUUUUGCUAGUUAUGAUCAUUUGGUUAUCUUACUUUGGAGCAGACAGGCUGAAGACUGAUUUCACUUGAAUUCUUAUCCUGUGGUAAUGAAGGUAAUGCAUAUAACCUACUAUUUUGUUUUAGCCAGUCAACUGUAACUGGUACUUAUGUGAUAAGUCUGCAUUUUGCUAUCAAUUAUUUGAUUUGUCUAUUAUAUGAUUAUUCAUCUUCAUGUGAAACCCAAUUUGUGUUUUAAUGGUUUCUUGAGUUCAUAGCUCUGUUCAGGGUUUUCUAUUUUAUUUGAUUUGUCUAUUAUAUGCUGAA